AUGUGCGAACCUACGUAAGAGAAAAGAAAGGAACAGAGUAAUUUAUUGAAGUAUAUAUUCUUUCAGUGAUUCCAAAAACGUGAUCUUGGUGUGCAAACAUUCUUGCCACGUUCAUAAGCCGCAGGAAUCACCGCAAAUUAUAAUUGUUGGUAUUGAACAUAAACAAGAAGAGGAGGCAACAGAUUUGAGAAAAAAAAAGCGUCUACUCGAAUUGUUCAAUCUUCUUCCCAAUCAAGCUAUGCAUCGUCAACAUCAAAAAAAAAUAAGAAAGAGGCCAAAAAGAAGAGAGAUGGCAAGAAAGAAGAGAGAGGAAAGUGAUCCAAUAGAAAAAUGA